AUGUCGGCGAGUGAAUCUUCUACAAUCUCUUCUACAAUGUCUUCUACUAUGUCUUCUACAUUCUCUUCUACAAGUUCCUCAGCUAUGUCUACUAUUAUUCCGAACUACUCCAUCUCGGAUCCUGCUUACACACUUUAUCCUUCGAAUAACCCGGGUACUCUGAUCACUCCGGUUCUUCUCCGUGGUGAUAACUACUCCGAAUGGGCUACUAAGCUUUGGAAUUCUCUACAAGCUAAACAAAAGAUCGGAUUCAUCGAUGGUACUAUUGUGAAACCAGAGACGAAUCCUGAUCUUGCUCGUUGGACUGCUACUAACUCCAUGAUUGUCGGAUGGAUACGUACAUCCAUCGAUCCCACGAUCAGAUCUACUGUUUCUCAUGUUCCUGAUGCACACAAGCUCUGGAACGCUCUUCAACGUCGGUUUUCCGUCAACAACAGUGUCCACAGACAUCUCCUUACUGAUGAUAUCACCAACUGCAGACAGAACGGACAACCAGUUCUAGAGUACUACGGUCGUCUUUCUAAGCUAUGGGAAGAGCUUCAGAACUUCCAAACCUCUCGGUCUUGUUCUUGCGAUGCAUCUGUUGAUCUAGAAAGAGAACGAGAGGAGGCUCGGGUUCACAAAUUUCUUUUUGGACUCGAUGAAGCUCGUUUCAGCUCGAUUCGAUCUCAAAUCAUAGACGAAGACCCACUUCCGGAUUUGAACUCUGUUUACUCUCGUAUUGUACGAGAAGAGCAACAUCUCACGAUGCGCUCCAAGGAUAUCAAAAACGAGGCUGUUGGUUUCUCUGUCAAAUCGGAGUCACCACAUUCAUCUACUCCAUCUGCUGCAGCUGCUUUUCGUAGUCGUGAUCCUGCACGUUCUUGCACCCACUGCAAUCGUAAAGGACAUGAUGUUUCCGAGUGUUUCGCUCUUCAUGGAUACCCUGAGUGGUUUCUCGAACAGCAAGCUGCACAAGGACGAGGCGCUCCUUCCCAGCGUGGUCGUGGAGGCCGCACAACUACUUCUGCAGGUCGUGGCCGAGGCAGAGCUAACACUACCCGUACAGCUCCUCUCCACGGCACCGAUACCUCCAUCACCAACGUUGCUCCUUCACAUGCCUCAGAUCAAAUUGCCGCCUUGAUCAGCCUCCUUCAGAACCAACAAACCCAGUUAUCCAUUGAUCGUCUGUCUGGUAAAACUAAACUCACUGAUGUUAUUAUCGAUACAGGAGCAUCACACCAUAUGACGGGUGAUUUAUCUCUUUUACGAGAUGUACGAGACAUCGUUCCCUCUGCGGUUUUGUUUCCGGAUGGAAACACUUCUCGUGCGAUCAAACUCGGAACCUUGUCUCUCAAUGAUGAUUACUUUCUACGAGAUGAUCGUUUCUCGAGGACCCUGAUUGGAGCAGGUGAAGAGAGAGAGGGGGUCUACUAUUUUACGGGAGUCACGGUCGCGCGGUCCCAUCAUGCUACAAAGGACAAGACAUCUCCUUCUGUGCUUUGGCAUCGCAGACUUGGUCAUCCCUCCUACAAAGUGUUAUCGGCUUUACCCGUGUUCAAUAGUUUUAAGUUUGAUUUCAGUCAUGUGAAUUCGUGUGACAUCUGUUUUCGCGCUAAACAAACGCGUGGUGUUUUUCAAGAUAGUCUUAAUAAUACGAGUGCUCCUUUUGACUUAAUCCAUUGUGAUGUUUGGGGUCCCUAUUGUACGCUUUCUUCUUGUGGUGCUGCAUAUUUUCUAACCAUUGUUGACGACUACUCACGAUCUGUUUGGACUUUCUUGAUGCUUGAGAAAUCAGAAACUAAGGGUCUCAUACAGAACUUUUGCGCCAUGAGUAGUAGACAGUUCGGGAAACCAGUUAAACGAGUACGUAGUGAUAAUGGAACAAAGUUUAUGGUGCUUUCUACCUUCUUUCGUGAACAGGGUAUUGAUCACCAAACUUCGUGUGUCGAUACGCCUCAACAGAACGGUCGUGUGGAAAGGAAACACAGGCACAUUCUCAAUGUUGCUCGUGCUUGUCUUUUCCAAGCUCGUUUACCGGUUACCUUCUGGGGAGAAAGCAUCCUCACUGCCGCUCACAUCAUCAAUCGCACUCCAUCCUCUGUUCUUGACGGUAAAACCCCUUACGAGUUACUACAUGGAACACCACCUAAGUAUGAUUUACUGCGAGUCUUUGGUUGCCUUAGUUAUGCACAUCGACGCGGAAGAGACAAGGAUAAGUUUGGCGAUCGCAGCAGGAAGUGUCUCUUCGUCGGUUACCCCUUUGGCAAGAAAGGCUGGCGUCUCUAUGAUCUUGAAAGGAAUGAAUUUUUUACAAGCCGAGAUGUUAUCUUCCUUGAAGACGAGUUUCCAGGAAUUCCUGAUACUGAGUAUGUUUCUCACCCUGUAUAUCAACCCGAUGUUGGCGUCGACGAUUGGUUACUUCCUUCUUUAUCUACUCCUUCAACGAUGGUGAAUUCAGCUCCUCCUGCGAUUCCCUCAGCUGAAGCUACUCCUAUAAUACCUACUACUACUGAUACAACCGUCACGGCUGAUUCUCUUAUACCAGCCUCUGUUACUUCUUCUCCAAAUUCCCCUGUAACUCCGAUAGAAGCUGAGUCUAAUGCUACUCCUGAACCUUCAUCUCCAGGACUACAUCAACUCCUCGGCAGGGGUCAUCGUCAACGACAGCCAUCAGUUAUUCUUAAGAACUUUGUUACCAAUACCGCGACUCUCCGUGACACACCCUCUCUCGCUUCAUCUACAUCCUCUCUUGGUUCUCCAGAUUCGAUUCCAGGUACACCACUCUACCCUAUCUCUAGUGUUUUAUCUGAUGCGAGUUUCUCUCCUUCUCAUAAAGCAUUCAUCGCGGCUAUCACUGCUGCGGUUGAGCCAACAACAUACAAUGAGGCUAUUAGAGAUAAGAUAUGGCGCGAAUCAAUGAAGGAGGAGAUAAAGCACCACUCGGAUGGCAUGAUUGCUCGUCAUAAAUCUCGUUUGGUGGCGCUUGGAAAUCGACAAAAGGAAGGUCUUGACUAUACAGAUACUUUUGCUCCUGUUGCCAAGCCUUCUACAGUUCGUAUACUACUUAAUAUCGCUGCUGCAAAGAAUUGGGAAGUCCACCAAAUGGACGUUCACAAUGCUUUUCUCCAUGGCGAUUUGGAGGAGGAGGUCUACAUGAAGCUUCCGCCUGGCUUCGAGGGAUCUGAUCCAUCUAAGGUCUGUCUCUUGAAGAAGUCUAUCUACGGCCUUAAACAGGCUCCUCGGUGCUGGUUCGCUAAGCUCAAUUCUGCAUUGAAGACUUAUGGUUUCAAACAGAGCAAGGCGGAUUAUUCUCAUUUCUGUUUUAUCCGCGACAAUAUUGCUCUUCAUAUACUGGUCUAUGUUGAUGAUUUUAUUGUUGCUGGGAAUGAUCUGUCUACUAUAUACAAGUUCAAGGCUUAUCUCAGUGAAUAUUUUCACAUGAAGGACUUGGGGAAACUUAAAUACUUUCUCGGGAUCGAAGUUGCUCGCAAUGCUGAUGGUUUCUUCUUGUCCCAACGCAAAUAUGCUCUGGAUAUACUGGCUGAAUCAGGCUUGCUUGCUUCCAAGCCUGCUUUGACACCUAUGGAGCUUAAUCACAAGCUCUCUCUUGCUACUGGCGAACCUUUGGCCGAUCCACAACGUUACCGUCGUCUCGUUGGUCGUCUCAUCUACCUUACUUUUACGAGACCGGAACUGUGUUACUCUGUCCACAUUCUGUCUCAGUUUAUGCAAACACCACUUCAGGCUCACUGGUCCGCUGCUAUCCGUGUUGUACGAUAUCUUAAGGGCUGUCCAGCUCAAGGCGUUCUUCUCCGUUCAGACUCUGACUUACGGGUUACUGCAUACUGUGACUCUGAUUGGAAUGCGUGUCCACUGACUCGCAAGUCCUUGAGGGCUUACAUUGUUCUUCUUGGUGCUUCUCCGGUUUCUUGGAAAACGAAGAAGCAGAAAACAGUCUCCAUGUCUUCCGCUGAAGCUGAAUAUCGUUCGAUGUCUUUUGCUUUGCGUGAGCUCAAGUGGAUCAAACGUUUGUUGACUGCAUUUGACGUGUCUCAUUCCAUGCCAAUGAAGUUAUUCUGCGACAGCCAAUCUGCCAUCUACAUUGCUGCCAAUCCGGUCUUUCACGAGCGUACCAAGCAUAUCGAGAAUGACUGCCACCUUGUACGUGAUGCUGUGGAAGAAAAACUCAUCACCACGGAACACAUUACCACGGACGAGCAACCCGCCGAUCUGCUUACCAAGUCACUGCCGGCUCCCACAUUCACUUACUUAUUGUCCAAGUUGGGGAUUCAAGAUGUUUCACCGCCAACUUGA